AAAAAUGUUCAGCAAUAUUUUUGGUGGGAGGAUUUAGCGAAUCCCCCUAUUUACUACGUAGGAUUAAAGAUAAGUUUAGUACACUAGUUUCCAUUAUCGCUGUUCCAACUUUAUCAAUAGCAGCAAUAGCUCGGGGUGGUAUCGCGUAUGGUCUUAAUGUCGGUGCUAUACAAGAUAGAACGUUGAAGUGGACAUAUGGAGUUGAGGUUUCUGGUAAGGAUAAAAGAACUAGAAGAACUGAAGAUGGAUACAUUCUUUAUUUCCAUAAAUUGGCGCAACGUGGUGCAAAGGCUAAUGUUGAUCAAAAAUUUUGGGGAGAAUUUUAUCCUUCAAGACCAGAUCAAGAAAUUUUAAACUUCUGCAUUUAUUAUACAAAAAGACAUGAUGCAAAGUUUU